CGUCUACGCCACACACGAGCACAUCCCUCCGAAGCUAAAAGGACAGCCGAACCUUUCAAGAACCGGGAGUUUUAGGACUCUUGCCCUGUUUUGACGGCUAAUCAGCAAGUCAUUAAUGUUUGACUCCUGGUAAUUGGCAAGGCCAGAUAGACGGGGGGUGGGGGGAUGUUGGCAGUGAACAUAGACAUCGUUGAUCCCGUCCUAAAUAUGGUUGAGACAGCAAGAUCACUCGCCGUACCCGUAUCUCUAAAUUCUACCCCCGCGGCGACGAACUUUUUAGGUUGUAUUUUUACUACUGCAGUAUAAUCUUGGAGAUAAAACAAAGGGAGAAUGAGGAUGAGGAACAAAAACCAGAAAUCAUCUGCUUUCCAGUGCAGUGCAGGAACCAGAUGCUCUGUAUCUCUAGUUCUGUGGAGCUUGGUGGGAUGCAUCCUCAUGGUGCAUUUCUAUUCCUUGAUCCAUCAGAAGGACAAGGGAGAGAUCCAUAUAGAUUCGAGCCAUCUCUCUGUUACCAGAGAAUUGGAAGAGGUUGAGGAAGAGAGUUUAUAUUUGCCACGCCCUAGAGGAAAGCGGUCGCCACGUGCAGUGAAACGAAGGGGACCACGAAAGCCGCCUUCAGUGGUUGAUGAAUUCUUAGAUGAAUCUUCUGAAUUGCAUGCCCUUUUCUUUCCUGAUCGAAAGAGUGCAAUAGACCCAAACAAGAAAGGGAAUGACAGCAUGUAUUACUAUCCUGGUAGACUAUGGUUGGACACAGAAGGAAAUCCUAUACAAGCACAUGGAGGGGGAAUUUUGUUUGAUGAGAGAACAGAGACCUACUACUGGUAUGGGGAGAACAAAGACGGCCUAACUUACCAUGCAUAUAGGAAAGCAGCUGCACGGGUUGACAUCAUUGGAGUCAGUUGCUACUCCUCAAAGGACUUGUGGGAAUGGACCAAUGAAGGCAUUGUGCUGUCAGGAGAAAGAACCAAUGCUAGCCAUGAUCUCCAUGUCUCCAAUGUGCUUGAGAGACCCAAAGUGAUAUACAAUGAUAAGAGCGGUCAGUAUGUCAUGUGGAUGCACAUAGAUGAUGCUAACUACACCAAAGCUUCAGUGGGUGUGGCCGUCAGUGACUCCCCAACAGGACCUUUCUCAUACCUUUAUAGCAUGCGUCCUCAUGGUUUUGAUAGUAGGGAUAUGACCAUUUUCAAAGAUGAUGAUGGGAAGGCCUAUCUUAUCUACUCUUCCGAGGACAACAGUGAGCUCCAUAUCGGUCCACUAACUGAUGAUUACCUCAAUGUCACAAGAGUGGGGAGGAGGAUUCUGGUGGGCCGACAUAGGGAAGCUCCUGCCCUGUUCAAGUAUGAGGGAACCUACUACAUGAUCACCUCUGGUUGUACCGGCUGGGCUCCAAACAGAGCAUUGGCUCAUGCAGCAGAGUCAAUAAUGGGACCUUGGGAAACUAUAGGAAAUCCUUGUGUUGGAGGGAACAAGAUUUUCAGGUGGACGACAUUCUUCGCUCAGAGCACAUUUGUAGUCCCGCUGCCAGGGUUGCCAGGUUCAUUCAUCUUCAUGGCAGAUCGAUGGAAGCCGGCAGAGCUGAGGGAUUCCAGGUAUGUAUGGCUGCCUUUAACUGUGGGGGGAGUGGCUGAUGAACCUCUAGAGUACAAUUUUGGGUUCCCAUUGUGGUCUAGACUGUCCAUUUAUUGGCACAGAAGAUGGAGGCUGCCAGAAGAGUGGCGGAGAACUACAUAAAUCUGGAAUUGUUAUAGUUCUUUCAAAUGAGAAUAUUUAAAACAUUCAGUUUCUAUUCAUAGUGUGAAUAUAUUGUUCCUAGAGGGGCAGCUUUUAGUGAUCAUUCUCUUUUGUGGAAGAUUUGAUCUUCCUCUCAAGGCAACCGUUGUAACGUAUGUUAGGUUGUUGUUGGACAAUUAAUCUGAAUUAUGUUUUCACAUCAACAAGAGGGUGGGAGCUCUUGGAAGGUUAAAUUA